AUGACAUCGCCGGUCAAUGCUCCAGCCAUGGAGCCUGAUGAUGAGAUCGCUAUGGAGAGAAAUGCUGGCCUCAUUAUGGGUACCAAUAAUAGCAGCAUCGUCUCCAAGCGGAGUGUGGAGAAGUUAUAUCUUCCUCAGCCUCAUUUCUAUCGAUACUUCGUGAAGAAGCCUCAACGAAGGUCGCCUACUAUCAAUCGUGGCUACUGGCUCCGGAUGAGAGCGAUCGACUGGGUCGUCAGACAAUUCCUGGAGAGACCUUCAUCACAGAGAAAAGUCAUCCUAAACUUAGGAUGUGGUUAUGACCCUAUUCCAUUUCAAUGGCUCGCACAAUAUCGCGAAAUAUGCGAUAACACGAAGUUCAUCGACAUUGAUUUUAAAGAACUCAUGCUCAGUAAACGAGAAAUCAUCCUCAACACCCCGAAGAUGAAGGACUUACUCUCGAAUCCAACGGCAUCCACUGGCAAUGAUGUUUUGAUAGACAGCGAAGAAUAUGCCGCUAUUGGGUGUGAUCUGCGGAACCCGAGGAGAUUAGAGCGGCUCCUCAAAACUGUUGCUGAUAUUGAUCAAUGCCUGGUCCUAUGUGUAGCCGAAGUCAGCAUCACAUAUAUGUCUGUGGAAGACUCAGAUGCCCUCAUUGCGUGGACGACGACUCUAUCUCCUGACGUCACAUUCUGCCUUUUGGAACAACAAUCCCCGGAUAGGGCCGACAACCCUUUUACGGCGACGAUGCUCAAACACUUUGCGAAGCUCAACACACCUCUUCGCUCCGUCUUAACUUAUCCUGGGUGCCAUACACAGAUCUUGCGUUUCCAAACAGCAGGUUAUCUUCAGACUGAAGUGCAAAACUUGUGGGAGUUAUGGGCAGAUCCCAGGUUCUUAUCACCGACGCAAAGAAUGUCACUAGAUGAAGUUGAACCAUUUGAUGAAUGGGAAGAAUUCGCCUUGUUUGCAUCGCAUUACUGUUUGAUAGUUGCACAAACUGGCCCUGAGCCACUGAUACCAGAACAACCAAAGUCAAGAAGAGCAUCAAUUGACAGUUUUGCAUCAGAUAUGAGUACUCGCACCGUCUCACCGUAUGGGCGUCAAAGUCAAUGGUUCGCCUACACGUAUUCGCAAAACCCCGAGAAAGAAGGAAGAACUCAUCAUGCUUCAGCAUUUUUCAUUCCAAACGAAGACGCGGUUGGAAUCUUUGGUGGUAUUGGUCAACAGAACAGACUCUCGACGACUUCAGUUUACACCUCUGCUGAUAACAAGGACAUGGUCUUUCCUGUAUUACCUCCCGAGGAUAUUGGUGCAAGAUCCUGCCACACCAUCACUACAUUGGGCAACGACCAAAACAUCCUCGUAGGUGGUCGCGCAUCGCCGUCAGCGCCCAUGAGAGACUGUUGGUUGCAGACUGGUCCUAAGUGGCAACGUAUACAGGAUCUUCCAGAACCUCGGUUUCGACAUAGAGCUUGUGCCGUUGUCCUUCCGCACAAUCAAUACGGUGUUGUUAUUUACGGGGGAAGGACUUCUCCGACCAAAGUCGCGAUUGACGUUCUCUUAUGGGAUCAUCAAAAUGGUUGGCAGAAGCUGAAAUCUCUACGCGGCGACCCGAUGCCACGAUUCGGUGCCAGCUUUGUUCGAUUGGGCUACAAUCAUGGUCUACUAUUUGGUGGCAUGAGACAAGAUGGGGUCAUAUGUCAAGGCCUGUGGCGGUGGAGGUUGACCAUCAGAGACAACGUUGUUGCUGGAAUCAGCUUCAAGACCUCUUCAGCUCUGGACACUUCUGCUGGCGUCUUUCCCUGGCUCGCACGACUAGGAGCGUCGUAUAGUGUGAUCAGGAAUGAGCUUCUCCUUAUAGGCGGCGUUGCAAAACAGGGCUGUAUUCCGAAGGAUUACGAAAUUUUAUCCAUUCUCGGCAGUUUCUCUGCCUUCGGUGAAUAUGAGAAAGAGAUGGACUUACGAGUCGCAUGUGUGAUCCCAAAGAAGGACCCAGAUGUUCCUCGUCCAUUUCUGAUCGGACAUAGCACACACCGCACUACGAAAGAAACCACCAUCAUCAUAGGCGGAGGUGCAGUCUGCUUCAGUUUUGGUGCAUACUUCAAUCCAGGCUGCUGGCUCUUAUAUGAUCGCGAAGCUGGAGUGAGCUCCAAUUGGGCACUUCUCAAGCCCAAUUCAUCCAAGGCUACCAAAAAGCCGGCCCGGAAAGAGGGCGUAAUCCAUGCGCCCACCUUGGUCGACAGCGUGUCUCCAUUAGAGAGCAACUUCCUCACCAUCCUAAGAGAGGGAAAACCGCGACUAUUGACUGGGCUAGAUCUAGGACCUUGUAUAAAUCUAUGGACACCAUCUUACCUUCUCUCCAAGAUAUCGUCAUCUCAAAACAUCGUUGUCCACUCCGCCAAAAGCAGGUCGAUGAAUUUCCAGAGGAAAGAUUUUUCCUACACAACACUUACAUUCCACAACUUCAUAAAAAUCCUCGAAAGCAAUCCAGAUGCACACCUCUACCUACGCUCAUUAUCCGGCACGAAUCCAACCCAGUCGCCCGCCAAUUUCGCCGACGAUUGGCCCUCCAUCGCCGACGACGUCCACCUCGACCCGUGUCUAGACUUCAUCCGCAGGAACAAACACAGCAGUCCUCUCCGCAUCAGCGCAAAUGUGAACAUGUGGCUCCACUACGACGUGAUGGCCAACGUGCUGUUCCAAAUCCGCGGCACGCGAAAACUCAUCCUCUUCCCACCAGAAGAUAUCAAACACCUUGCAUUCCCUGCCGGGUCUACGACCUCAACUCUCGACAUCCUCGAGCCGUCUCAACACCCAGGGAGAGGAGAAGACCAACUAAAACCGAUACCGGACACUCACCCACACAUCGCAAUCUUACGACCAGGAGAUGCGCUAUUCAUCCCGCCACUCUGGUCUCACACCGGAACCCCUUUGCCUGUGGUACCCAACACGCCGGCGACUCCAGCCUCACCACCACCACCUCCACAGCUAACCCCGGAUCCAACUCCAACCACAAGUUCAACAGCAGCCAACGACCCAGCAAACUCACACAUCAACAUCUCGCUGAACGUCUUCUUCCGCAGCCUGUCAUCGAGCAAAUACCCCGCCGGCCGCGACGUCUACGGUAACCGCGAUCUAGCCGCAUACGAGGACGGCCGACGUGAUCUGGAGAGGAUCGUUCGGCGCUUCAUCUCCCACGCCGCCAAUGCCAACAACAACACCACAAACAGCAAAGCGAUACCACAUCACCCAGCGACAAAACCCGAAGCAAAAAUCUCCACGGCGAACAACCCACGACAGGAAAACGGGACCGCCGCCCCUGCACCUGGCCCUACCCCUACCACCCCCGCCAUACACAUCCAAACACCAUCGUCAGGAGCAGAUGUCAAAGACCAAGACCAGACCGGAGACUCUACCAUACAAGCCAACUCGAGCGCCAGCACCAGCGCCAGCGCCAGCGCCGCCGUCAACGACAACGACAACAACGAGGACGAAUCGCUCUUCGGCGAAGGCAUUCCGAAAGCGCUGACGAAAGCGUAUCUGGAGCGACUGGCCGACGAGUUGCGGGAGCGCGCCGAACGACUAUGA